CUGGAUCUGUGCUUAAGUGCUCGCCAAUUAAUGUUCAGCUGUGCUAACGGAACUGUUAGUUAACAUUGAAAGGAACGAAGCUGCUCUGAAAUUGUGCUCUUUUAACAGUCGACUGAUGUAAUCAUCGAACUCCAUAAAUCAUGCGAAUUGAACGAACUGUGGAAUAGUUGAGUUUGAGCAGCGUUAGUGGAAGGGCGUUUUGCAAGAGGUGUUACAUAACGUGGACCGAGUAACGGUAAAUUAAAUUUGAGAAUCAUGUGUGGCAUAUUUGCAAUAUUCUCCAGCGAUGGAUCGCCCAUAGAGGCACAGUGUUUGGAUGGCUGCAAGCAUAGUCUUCGCGAGUUGGCCUAUAGGCAGAGUGGCAGACAGCGGCAUCGUGGACCCGACUCGACGGGCGUCCAGAUUAUACCAGAACACGGAGUGGCCAUGGUCCACGAGCGACUGCGCAUUGUGGGAGUCGAAUUGGGCGACCAGCCAUUUGUCUCGGAUGAUGGCAAUCUAUUGCUGGUGGCCAACGGUGAGAUCUACAACUAUCUAGAACUAUCUGCACAGAUAGCGAAAAGACGUGGCGGCUAUAAGCCAAAGAGUGACUGCCACGUCAUAUUGGAACUGUAUCAAGAUUACGGCGAAGAGCUGCUGCAGCACAUCACGGGCAUGUUCGCGUUUGCAUUGUACGACAAGACCACCAAGGAGGUGUUGAUGGCACGUGAUCCCUUUGGUAUUAUACCCAUGUACAUUGGCGAGGAUGCCAAGGGCAACAUAUGGGUGGCCUCCGAGAUGAAAUGCCUGACUGCCUGCUGCGAGAAGUUGGAGGCAUUUACGCCGGGUGAGGCGCGCUUCGGACGAGUGGGCAAUAUGCAUCGCUGGCGACACUUCGAGCAGCCCUGGAUGAAGCAGAUUCCCAGUUUGCCCUGCGACUUGUCGCUGCUAAGGACCAGCUUGGAGUCCGCCGUGCGCACCCAUCUGCAGUGCGAUGUUCACUUUGGCGCGCUGCUCUCUGGCGGCGUCGACUCUAGCCUGAUAGCAUCAAUUGCCACCAAGAUUAUGCGUGAGACCAAUCCGGACUACAGAUUGAAGACCUUCUCGGUGGGCCUCAGAGAUGCACCGGACUUUGAGGCAGCUCGACAAGUGGCCAAGUACAUAGACAGUGACCACACGGAGCUCGUCUUUGAGAUUGAGGAUGCACUGGACGGCAUCCGGGACAUUGUCUAUCAUCUGGAAACCUACGAUGUGACGACUGUCAGAUGCAGCCUGCCCAUGCUGUUGCUGGCGCGUUACAUUAAGAGCACCGGCAUCAAGAUGAUCCUCUCUGGCGAGGGCGCAGAUGAGAUCUUUGGCGGAUAUCUCUACUUCCACAAGGCGCCUAGCUAUGAGCAGUUCCACGAGGAGCUGGUGAAGCGUGUACAGCAGCUGCAUUUGUCCGACUGCUUGCGCGCCAAUAAAGUGUCCAUGGCGAAGGGCGUGGAGCUGCGUGUGCCCUUCCUGGACACGGAGUUCGUCAACUAUGUGAUGAACAUACGGCCACAAGAUAAGAUUCCUGGGCCCCUUAACCAAUUCAAUGACGAGCAGAAGUCCAGGCUGGAGAAAUUUGUGUUGCGCGCUGCUUUUGACGAGGACUAUUUGCCGGAUUCAGUGCUCUGGCGCCAGAAAGAACAGUUCUCGGAUGGCGUCGGCUAUGAAUGGAUCAAUAGCAUCCGCCGCGUAGCCACCAGCCACGUGGACGAUGCGGAGUUUGCGGCAGCUGCCGAGAGAUAUCCAUACAACACGCCAACGACAAAGGAAGCAUACUACUAUCGCACUAUCUUUGAGCAACAAUUUCCUGGAGAUGCAGCAGCUCGGACAGUGGUGCGAUGGGUGCCACGCCUUGAUUGGGGCUGCCCAGAAGAUCCAUCGGGCAGGGCACAGGCGGUUCACCAGAAUUGUUCAAAGUAAUAAAAGACUGAAUAGCUUAAGUUGCAUACAAAUGAAUCCGAGAAAUCAAAAGUAAUUUGAUCGCAAAAGUAAAUGAAUUCUAUACACACAAUGGGCUGAAGAAAAAAUAAAUAAAUACAAUAGAAAAAAAUUCCACGUUGCAUUUUCACAUUUAUUUAUUAUCAUACAGACCCACUCCAGCUUUAUCAGCGUAUCGUUUUACAUAUCAUUUGUUGCUGACCCAGCUGUCUUCCCUCCAAAAUUUAAUUAAGUAUUGUAUACUUAUCAGAGGGUAAACAACACUGAGAUUAAAUACAUGUGCUGUUUACAUAAAAAGAAAUGCUACCAGACUGUUAAAAAUAGGUAUAUUUACAGUCUACUAUCGAUAUGCAGUCAUAUUUUUACGUUGCAGCCCUGUAAAUGAUAUCGAUGUGACAACUCGUAUCGAUUUAUGGCAACAACCGAUGAGCAAGAAGAGGCAAUUUUUCGCAACGCGCAACAAAAUCGGUAUUAAAUUGAUGUAAAAAGUGUGAAAAGAAUCUAAUGAAUAGGCAAAAUAAGAAGCAAACGUUGAAAAUGUGCAACAAAAUGUGAUGUUUGUCAAAUCGAACAACCGCUACGCGGACAAAUUGCGAGUGCAAAUCUGACCCAUGAGCAAUGAGAGAGGAAGAGAGUAAGAGAACACACACAGGCAAACAGCGCGUCACUGAAAAAGUUCACGAAUUCAGCCAACAGCAGCAGCAGCAGCAGCAGACGAGACUUUGAAGACGUUGGAAUUUGUGUUGAACCCGCGGCAGCCCGACGGCGCUGCGACUGCGACGGCGACGAACACCUCUGGCAGUCAGCAAUAACGGUAGACGAACGAGAAAGAGAGCAGCGAUAUUGCAACAACAACAAAUGACAUUUUAACGUGUUAAAGUGAAACUGCGCGCAACAACAACAACAAUAACAAUAAUAAUAAUA